CUCUCUCUCUCUCUCUCUCUCUCUCCUUCUUUCUCUCUGUCAUUUUUGCAGUGCAGUUGAUGAUGAUGAUGAUUAUGCUGUUCUUUCCGUCUUCUCUUGCCUCUUUACUGCUCUCCUUUUCUUAAUUUUCUUUUUGAAAAUAGAAAAACAAAAAGAAAAUAGAAAAAAUAAAUAAAUUAAAAGAAUAAAAAUCAAAUUUAUAAGCCAGCACUAACUCGUAGGAAUACUCUUUCCAGGGCUUCCAUCUUUCCAGUUGUCUGUCUUCUCUUUUUUCACCCUUAACAUCCCCAUCUUUCACCAAUUCCCCCUCUCAACCUCCUUGCCCAUAUUCUACCAUCUCAUCCUAGCUACAAUUCCCUCUUGUCUCUCUCUCUCUUACUCUCGCACCCAUCAGCUACAUCAGAGAGUGAGUGAGAGGGGAGGGAGUGGAGUGUGAAGAGGGCCGGGGGUUAACAGAAUUUAUUAGGGAAAGAUCCCCCAUGUCAUGUUAUGAUCUGCACCAUUCCCACUGCUACUAUUGUUAUUUUUAGUGUAAAAAGAAGGAAAAGAAGGAAAAAGCGGUAGCUAGGAUAGAAGGUGGAAGCGCGAGGUGGAGGAGGAGGAGGAGGGUUUUGGCUGACAAAGAUGCAGCAAGGAGGGUCUCAAUAUGGAGUGUCACCGGAGAUGACUCCCUUCGCUGCGACUACCACUACCACUAGUACAAGAACCCACGUCUUGGGAGGUGCCGACCAGCAGCAGCAGCAGCUGAAAUUGGGGGAUCCAACACUUGCAGUGGCAGAAGAGGCCUCCCCCAUCAGCAGCCGUCCUCCAGCUCAUUCGUCUGCUGGGAAUUUCGAUGAGUUCUUGCCAGUGGGCGGUGGAUUGCCGGAUGAGGAUGCUCUCGCCGCCGGGGAUGAAGGCGAUCGAGGGGGCGUUGCAAGUGGCAACAGGUGGCCGCGUCAAGAGACUUUAGCCCUUCUCAAGAUUAGGUCGGAGAUGGAUGUGGCUUUCCGUGACGCCACCCUCAAAGGCCCUCUCUGGGAAGAUGUCUCCAGGAAACUAGCAGAGCUGGGAUACUCGAGAAGUGCCAAGAAGUGUAAGGAGAAGUUUGAAAACGUUCACAAAUACUACAAAAGAACAAAGGAAGGGCGGGCUGGUAGGCAAGAUGGCAAAAGCUACAGGUUUUUCAGUCAGCUUGAGGCUCUACACAGCACCGCUACCAGCAACGUGUCAGCUGCUCCGGCAACGCCUUUGACAGCCGUCAUCGCCACCACCACCAAUACUACUACUGUCCCGAAUACAAACACAGUCUCACCUGCUACCAACUUGAUUGUCGCUCCUAUCUCUAUCGGGAUCGGCACCAGCAACCCUAUGCCAGUUUCAUCUGUUAGGAUUCCCUCUGCAAGCCCUUCUACUAUGGGUGCCUCCCCGAUGUUUCCUCCUGAUCUGAGCUCCGGAAUGAUUACCGCCCCUUCUGGAUCCGCUGCCGCUACUGCCCCGGCUGCUGCACCGACACACACUGCUCUAGGGAUCAGCUUCUCAUCUAAUACGUCUUCCUCUUCUUCUGGUUCGGAUGAUGACGAGCAGGAGGAUGAAGAUAUAUUGCAAGGGGAGCCGUCCAACGCAGAUAGCAGUCGCUUCCUCCGUAAACGGAAAAGGGGUUCAUCGAGAGGGAGUAGUAAUAGCCGUCGGAUGAUGGAUUUCUUCGAAAGUCUAAUGAAACAGGUGAUGGAGAAGCAGGAGGUGAUGCAGCAAAGGUUUCUAGAGACCAUAGAGAAGAGAGAACAAGACAGGAUGAUCAGAGAAGAGGCUUGGAAGAGACAGGAGAUGGCCAGACUGUCCCGCGAGCAUGAUCUCAUGGCGCAGGAGCGGGCUCUCUCUGCCUCUAGGGAUGCGGCCAUCAUCGCUUUUCUACAGAAAAUCACCGGUCAGACCAUCCAAUUACCACCGCCGGUAACCAUUCCAGCAGUUCCGCCGCCAGUCCCACCGGCACCUGUCCCACCUCCAGCACCACCAACACAACACCAUCACCACCAUCAACCACAACCACAACAACAGCAACAACAACAACAUCAUCACCAACAUCAUCAUCAUCAUCAUCAACAACAACAGCACCUUCACCAUCAGCACCAAUCUCAAAGUACUCAAGUGGUGAGGCAUCAACCACCCAUUUCCUCAGAAGUAGUGAUGGCUAUACCAGAACAACAGGUACCACCCCAGGACAUGAGUAGUGGUGGUGGGAGCUUAGAGUCGAGCUCAUCGAGGUGGCCCAAAACUGAAGUUCUUGCAUUAAUAAGCUUGAGGAGCGGACUGGACUCCAGGUACCAAGAGGCCGGACCAAAGGGUCCUCUUUGGGAAGAAAUCUCAGCAGGAAUGCAACAGAUGGGGUACAAAAGGAGUGCCAAGAGAUGCAAGGAAAAAUGGGAGAAUAUCAAUAAGUACUUCAAGAAGGUGAAGGAAAGCAACAAGAAACGCCCCGAGGAUGCCAAGACUUGCCCUUACUUUCAUCAACUCGAUGCACUCUACAGGCAAAAGCUACUGGGCAGCACUAGUGGCAGUGGUGGCAGUGGCAGUACUUAUGUUAACCCCAAUAGGCCAGAAGAGCAGCAGCAGCAGCAGCCGCCGCCUCAACAUGAGAGCGCAAAAUUGGAUCCAAUUCCAACUCCAUAUUCUCAGGAUAGAGGUGAUGUUCCAGCGAUCAUGCCACCACCAAUAACCACCUCACCACAGGCUACUGAAUCAGAAAACAAAAAUGGAGGUAGCAGCGAUGAACAAACAAACAAUGGAGGUCUGCCAGGGAGCCUCUUUGGAGAAGGAAGCAGCACUCCUGGGGGAGGAGCUAAGAAGCCAGAAGACAUUGUGAAGGACCAACAAGGAAGACAACAGGUGAUAGUGGACGAUUAUGACAAUGUCGAGGAGCUUGACAGCGAUAAUCUGGAUCAAGAGGAAGAGGGUGAAGAUGAUGAUGAAGAUGAAGAAUCAGAAGAAGAGAGGAAAAUGGGUUUUAAGAUAGAGUUCCAAAGGCAGAACGCGGGCUCCUCUAACGGGGGAGGAAACGGGACACCCUCCUUCCUGGCUGUGGUUCAAUAGUCUCGGUGGCGGUUCGUUGGGUUCUUCGCCUGCAAAUUGUACCAUAUAUACCUAUGUUCAGAAGAUCAAGGAGAUGCCUAACAUCUGAGUUCCAAAGCCUGAUAACCUUAAUUCUUCAUUAUUCUUUAUUUCCCCCCCUUUUUUUUUUCUUUUCUUAAUUUUGUUGUGUAAUCACCAUGGUCGUUGUUAUUCUUGUCAUCGUCAUCAUCCGCCAUCAUGGUCAUCUUCUCUCUGUGGAAUAGCUUUAUUAAGAUGGCAGUGACAUCCUAUUUUAUUGAUUUGUUGGUGAAUAAAGAGCCGUUUGAAGGUAAGACGGAAGGGAUUGGAUUAAGAAAAAAAAGGAAAUAAGCUUUUGCCCAGAAGAAAGAAGCAGCAGUAGCAGCAUCAGCAUCAGCAUUAGCAUUAGCAAAGGAGAGACAGAAGAUUACAGAUACAAACAAAGAAUCCAAGAUGAUAAAAAAGCGAAUGGAAGAUUGCUGGUACUAGUUGAUAAGAAUUUUGUUUAGCUUUCUUCCUUCGCUUUAUUGAUUUGAAUGAAUGAAUGAAUGAAUGAAUGAAAAGCAACUGAGUUGUUCUUUUAGUUCAUUAUCUUUGAAUGGUUCCAGCUGAUGAUCCAUCUCUUUUUCUCUUA